AUGGCCGCAAGCAGAGCCCUGCUGUUCCGUCCGGGUGUCCGGACGACUUGGCUUGGGCAUCUCCGGUCCCAAUUGACUCGGCCGCUCGGUCGAAGAGGUUAUGCCAGCAUCCAAGACCGCGCCGCCCAGUCCAGUGAUAGGCCAUGGCAGAUUGCUGCCGUAGCCGUCACAAUCCCUGGUCUCCUCUACCUGCGGCGAAGCAGCGCUCCGAAAUCAGACCAUGAUAGCCAUGCAAGUCACGGAACUGGGCAUGAAGAGCAUGCCGAACCAGCGAAAGAGGUUUCCGGGACUGAGGUUUCCACGACGAGCACACCAGAAGAACCGAGGGAGGAAACCUCUGAACAGCCAGGCGAGCAGCAAGGCGAGCCCAGCGAGCCCAAGAGAGAUGAGGCUUCCGAGCAGCAAGGUGAUCAGCAGGGCGAGACUGGCCGCUCAGAUAUCUCAAGCGGCGAAGCUGGUGCGGGCUCGACAUCAUCUAGCUCUGGGAGUGCUCAGUCCAAGGCGACGGACGACACUUAG